AAUAAUAAAAGGGGAGCGGCGAAGAGGCAGGAAGACAGGACCAUGUCGAAGGGCCCCGGGCCCGGCGGCUCCGCAUCUUCCUCGGCGCCCCCGGCCGCUACCGCUCAGGUGCUGCAGGCACAGCCCGAGAAACCGCAGCACUACACCUGUGUUAGAUACUAAAGAAGGCUUCCCCACAAUCCAUAUGCAUCUGCUUUGACUGGUGUUUCUGUCAACUACAAAGACUUUUUGGUGAGGGCAGCUGGACAACUCUGAGAGCAACUUAGAGAAAUCCAUCUUGGGCACACUCUAUAAAGGAGCUCCUUCUCUGGAAAUAGCACCCCAGAUAAGUGCACAAAAGCAAGACACCCUCGUGGACCUACUUCCUCCCGCUUUCAACACCCUGCUGCCUGAAGCUAUGCUUGAUACUAAAGGCGGUUUCCCUACAUAGACAUCUUCUGUAUUUUGAAAUUGCAACUAUGGACAGUUUGGCUAAUCCUUAUAGAUUGUCUUCUCUCCUUUUAACAUCUUGGAUGAAUUUGGGCACACUAAUGUGUUAUGUGAAGAUGGAUGUUGAAUGUACCUGAAGGAGUUCCGCACGGAGCAGUGUCCGCUCUUCGUGCAACACAAAUGCACACAGCAUCGGCCCUACACCUGCUUCCACUGGCACUUUGUGAAUCAGCGGCGCCGCCGGUCCAUCCGCCGUCGGGACGGCACGUUCAACUAUAGCCCCGACGUCUACUGCACCAAGUACGACGAGGCCACGGGCCUCUGCCCGGAGGGCGACGAGUGCCCGUUCCUGCACAGGACCACAGGGGACACCGAGCGCAGGUACCACCUGCGCUACUACAAAACUGGAAUCUGCAUCCACGAGACGGACUCGAAAGGCAACUGCACCAAAAACGGCCUGCACUGUGCGUUUGCCCACGGGCCCCAUGACCUCCGCUCCCCGGUCUACGACAUCAGGGAGCUCCAGGCCAUGGAGGCGUUGCAGAACGGCCAGACCACAGUCGAGGGCAGCAGCAUCGAGGGCCAGUCAGCCGGGGCCGCGAGCCACGCCAUGAUAGAGAAGACCCUCAGCGAGGAGCCGCGGUGGCAAGAGACCACGUACGUGUUGGGGAACUAUAAGACGGAGCCGUGCAGGAAACCCCCGAGGUUGUGCCGCCAGGGCUACGCUUGCCCGUACUACCACAACAGCAAGGACCGACGGCGGAGCCCCCGGAAGCACAAAUACAGGUCAUCACCAUGUCCGAACGUCAAGCACGGGGAUGAGUGGGGAGACCCCGGCAAGUGUGAGAACGGGGACGCCUGCCAGUACUGCCACACCCGCACGGAACAGCAGUUCCACCCGGAGAUCUACAAGUCUACCAAGUGCAACGACAUGCAGCAGUCAGGCAGCUGUCCCCGCGGGCCCUUCUGCGCCUUCGCCCACGUAGAACAGCCCCCCCUCAGUGACGACCUGCAGCCCUCCUCCGCCGUGUCCAGCCCCACACAGCCGGGCCCCGUCUUGUACAUGCCGUCUGCUGCCGGAGACUCGGUGCCCGUGAGCCCCUCCAGCCCGCAUGCCCCUGACCUCAGUGCCCUCCUCUGUCGAAACAGCAGCCUAGGCAGCCCGUCCAACCUCUGCGGCUCCCCGCCGGGCUCCGUCAGGAAGCCCCCCAACCUGGAAGGCAUCGUUUUUCCCGGGGAGCCCGGCCUCGCCCCUGGCAGCUAUAAGAAGGCACCCGGCUUCGAGAGGGAAGACCAGGUGGGAGCCGAGUACCUGAAAAAUUUCAAAUGCCAGGCCAAGUUAAAAGCCCACUCGCUAGAACCCAGGAGUCAAGAGCAGCCUCUGCUUCAGCCUAAGCAGGACGUGCUGGGCAUCCUCCCCGUGGGCAGCCCCCUGACCUCAAGCAUCUCUUCUAGCAUCACCUCCAGCUUGGCAGCUACUCCCCCUAGCCCAGCGGGCACCAGCAGCGUCCCUGGCAUGAACGCCAAUGCUCUGCCCUUCUACCCCACCAGCGACACGGUAGAGUCCGUCAUAGAGUCUGCCCUCGAUGACCUGGACCUGAACGAGUUUGGGGUGGCCGCCCUGGAGAAGACGUUUGACAACAGCGCAGCACCCCACCCGGGCAGCAUCACCAUCGGCGGCAGUUUGCUGCAGAGCUCUGCGCCCGUCAACAUCCCCGGCUCCUUGGGCAGCUCGGCCUCCUUCCAUUCGGCCUCCCCCUCCCCUCCUGUCAGUCUCUCCUCACAUUUCCUGCAGCAGCCCCAGGCCCACCUGAGCCAGUCAGAAAACACAUUUCUGGGGACCUCGGCAUCACACGGGUCUUUGGGUCUGAAUGGGAUGAACAGCAGCAUAUGGGAGCAUUUUGCCUCUGGAAGCUUCUCCCCGGGCACAUCCCCUGCCUUCCUGUCAGGGCCGGGGGCUGCUGAGCUGGCCCGGCUGCGGCAAGAGCUGGAGGAAGCCAAUGGCACCAUCAAGCAGUGGGAGGAGUCCUGGAAGCAGGCUAAGCAGGCCUGUGAUGCCUGGAAGAAGGAGGCUGAGGAGGCUGGUGAGCGGGCCAGCGUGGCCGGCGCCGAGUGUGAGCUGGCCCGGGAGCAGCGGGACGCGCUGGAGGUUCAGGUGAAGAAGCUGCAGGAGGAGCUGGAGCGGCUGCACUCGGGCCCCGACCCGCAGGCCCUGCCCGCCUUCUCCGACCUGGAGGCCCUGUCGCUCUCCACCCUCUACUCUCUCCAGAAGCAGCUACGGGCCCACCUGGAGCAAGUGGAUAAGGCCGUGUUCCACAUGCAGUCGGUGAAAUGCCUUAAGUGUCAGGAGCAGAACCGAGCGGUGCUGCCGUGCCAACACGCCGUGCUGUGCGAGCUCUGUGCCGAGGGCAGCGAGUGCCCUGUCUGCCAGCCGGGCCGGGCCCACGCCCUCCAGUCGUGACCCCGCAGGCCUGGCCCGGCCCGGCCCACCCCCCACUAGGACUUUUUAAAGUAUAUAUAUGUAUGUAUGUAUGUAUGUAUGUAUGUAUGUAUGUAUAUGUAUAUGACCAUGGAUAUGUAUACAUCCGUGCGCGUGCGGAGUGCGAGCUGGCCAGUGUGUGACAGUGUCCGUGUGUAUAUCUGUAUGUAGAUAUAGACACACACUCUAAAACAGACUUAUCACCAAGCACUUUUUAAAAGAAGACAAGCCUAUUUUGCAGUCCGGCCCAGCCCCUCCCCACCUCUCACCGCAGAGACGAGCCCCUCUGCCCCACCAGGUUGGCAGGGAGUCUGUCUCUGUCUCUUUUUUAUGUAGGAACUAACUAUUUUUAACUUCUUCCGGGGGCCUGAGAGGGCAGUUGGGAAGCCCAAGGCCGCGGGCCCGGCAGCCUUCAGGGCGGGGUCCCAGCCAGCCUGGCACCUCGGCCCCAAACGCGCUGGUGCGGGCUGGCCCCGUCCGCCCGGCCCGGCCCGCGGGGCUCCUGAGGGGCAGGGCCGGGCCUCACCCCAUGGGCGCCUGAGGCCCGGCGCCCAGUGCUCUCCCUGGCCCCCGGCCGGCCCUGGCUGGCCGCCCUCCCCCUGGCAGCUAGCAGGCAUUGGUGGGGAGUGCGGACUGCGGGGACCAAGGGCGCGGCCGGCAGGCCCGUGCAUCCCUCGGUGCUCUGAGCGCAGCUGACGCCCUGCGGCGGCGCCGUGUGCAUGUGUGCGUGCCUGUCCGGUGUAUGUUGUGUCUUAGCUUCCAUUUAAAAACUGUUCUGUACAGACAUGCAGCGGGGCGGGAGGGCAGCGCAGGCGGAGGGGAGCCGCCCACUCCCGCUCUGGGGCCGGGCGGAGCAAGAGGGCUGCAGGGGCCGCCCAGCCCGCGUCCCUUGGGCUCAGCACGAAAGGGCUUUCAAUGAAUUAAGCGAAAACUUUUUUUACAAAAAUGCAAAAAUCAACAAAGCUCCAAACCUAUUGGAAAUAAAAUAUG